AUGAGCAGACCGUCCACAGACAAGGGCAAGUCCCCCAAUAAGCGAUCAGUGAUAGUCGGUGAGCCUAGCGCCAAUGUCACCGACGACGACGACGUCGGGCAUCCGCAACCCUCGCAGCCCGCCUACAUGACUGUCGGAACAGGCUCGACAUCCAAACAUGCUGCCCACCUGCAGUCUCUCCUCGACACAGACUCCGGCUACGGUGGUAGCUCCACCGGCAGCGACGGUUUCCCGCCGGCGAUGCCGCCGUCUCUGGCCUGGGGCUCGGCUUCGCACGAGGACCGCCAGCUACAUCCUACCGGCCCGUCGGCGUCCCAUGUUGCCCCCGAAGCUGAGCGCAGGCUGCAGGCUGGCGCCAUCCACCAGCUCUGGUACAACCAGCAUCGCGUUGCUCUCGGCAAGUCUAUCACCCAGGCCGUGGAGCUGUUGAAGGGCCUGCAGACAAUGAAUACGUCCUGGCCGGCGCACUAUCCGAGUGUCCAGAAACUGGGUGUCGCAGCCUUUCCCGAUACUGCUCUGUCCGGACAACCUCCGGUUCGUCCCGGGUUUCAGCGCGCCCUUACGACUGUUGCCGACUUCAUUGACUCGUCGUCCGGUGGCCGGCCAAACCGGGCACCAAUGCUGCGUCGGUCUGCAACGGUGUUGGACGACCCCGUCGAUGCGGAGUCGAGCAAGGCCGCUGAAAGCCGCGUCUCCACCACCGAGCCCAGGCUGGUGACUCCACAGAUCGCACAGGAGUUCUCUGUUCUCAAGCUCGACCUGAAGCUUGGCGGGCUGCACCAGGCGGGGCUGGUCCACUCCCUGGAGAAGGGCUCUGUCGCUUCGCUGCUGGACGAGAAAAUCCGAUCCAGCAUCAAGCACCUACUGGCUCUCCGGGAGCGCAUUGAGGACACUUCCAGCAAGGUGCUGGUCACGGGCGACCUGAACGCCGGCAAGUCCACGUUCUGCAACGCCCUCUUGCGGCGAAAAAUUCUGCCCGAGGACCAGCAGCCCUGCACAAGCAUCUUCUGCGAGGUCUUGGAUGCCGGUGCGAAUAGCGGCGUCGAAGAGGUCCACGCUGUCCAUAUGAAUGCUGUUUACAACCGCAACGACGAGUCCACGUACGAUGUCUUCUCUUUGCUGGAGCUGGAAAAGAUUGUCACCGACAACUCUACCUACAUGCAGUGUAAGGUGUAUGUGAAGGACGUCCGCACCAUUGACGAGUCGCUUCUCAACAACGGAAUUGUCGACAUCGCCCUCAUCGACGCCCCUGGCCUGAACUCGGAUACGACAAAGACUACGGCCGUAUUCGCGCGUCAGGAGGAGAUCGACGUGGUGGUGUUUGUCGUCUCGGCGACAAACCACUUCACCCUGACCGCGACCGAAUUCAUCCGGGCGGCUGCGGCCGAGAAGGCCUACUUUUUCUUCGUCGUGAACGGCUUUGACGUCAUUCGGGACCGUGGGCGAUGCCAAAAGAUGAUCCUGGACCAGGUGUCCAACCUUAGUCCCCAGACACACAAGGAGGCUUCUGAGCUCGUGCACUUUGUUUCGAGCAAUGCCAUUCCUAUACCGCCUGGGCCCCCGGGCGGCGCAGGAGGCAGCGGCACCGGAAGCUCGUCGGGCGGCGGCGGAGGGGACCCCGAUGGCGACCCGACGGGCAAGGGCAAGGGUAAGGAAAAGCUGCGCGACUUUGAGGAAAUGGAACAGUCGCUCCGACGCUUUGUCCUCGAAAAGAGGGCGCGAUCGAAGCUUGCGCCGGCAAAGAACUAUCUUCUCAAUAUUCUGAACGACGUCAAUGCUCUGGCAAAUGUGAACGCCGAGGUAGCCCAGUCCGAGCUUGCCCGUGUGGAGGAAGAGCUGCGUGAGAUCGAGCCGUUGCUUGAAACCAACAAGAAGGCCAAGGCCGAGAUAGCAUCUGAGACCGAAUACGUCAUCGAGCAGACCUGCACGGAUGUCUACGACCAGAGCCGCGCAGCCAUUGGCUUUGCGAUUGGCCAUGCCGGGGACGAAAAUCUCGGCGUGCCGUAUCCAGGCAUCUUGUCUGCUUUCCAAUAUGCUGAGCAGGUGAAGCAGGAGAUGCUGUCUCAAAUCUCAGCCUCGGUGGCCGAGUGCGAGGAGAGUGCACGUUUCAAGACCGCGGGUGGUGUAAACUCUCUCAAGCAGCUCGGCAUCAUGCACCUCGGCAACGAUUACGUGGACCUGAACUUCCGACCCGAGUUCAUGUUCCGGCGACGGAGAGACGAGCUCGCACGACAGAUUGACAUCCCGACCGAGUUCUUGGACUUCGUUGACCUGUCCACCUUGCUCCAGCGCCAAGAAAAAAUGGCUGGCACCGGAAUGGCCCUGACUGUCGCCACGGCCUUGGGAAGCCGCAUGAUUGGUGCCCAUGGAUGGAUGGACCAUGCCUUCUCGGCCGUGAAGCUCGUGGGAAGCAGCCAUACGCGUCGCUUGCUAGUGCCAGCCUUUGUUCUUGCUGUUGUGGCGGCUGCCGGCUACAUUUUGGUGCAGAUUCCACAGUCCUUACCUCAUCGCCUCUCUCUCAAGAUAGCGUCGCGGCUGGCCGCUAUCGACUAUGUCCACAACAACUCGAACCGCAUUGCGGGCACCGUUCGCAAGGUUCUGCGCGUGCCGGCCGAUGCAAUCCGCGAUGGGCUGAACCGUUCUGUGGAGCAGCUCGGCAAUCGCAAGGACGAGACGCUCAAGACCCGUGGCGAGAGCCAGGUCGCCCUAAAGUACUUCAGCAACCUCGUCACGGAUAGCUCGAGGCACCGUGCAACAGUGGGAGCAUUGGACCUCGAGGCUCCCCCUCCCGGCGCCCACUAG